GGCAUUGGCAGGAUUAAUUGACAUUGCUGCUGACUGGAUGACUGACUUAAAGGAAGGCAUUUGCCUUAGUGCUUUGUGGUUUAACCACGAACAGUGUUGUUGGGGUUCCAAUGAGACCACAUUUGAAGAGAGAGAUAAAUGUCCACAAUGGAAAACGUGGGCAGAACUAAUAAUUGGGCAAGCAGAAGGUCCAGGUUCAUACAUAAUGAACUACAUUAUGUACAUUUUCUGGGCUUUGAGCUUUGCCUUCUUAGCAGUUUCUCUGGUGAAGGUAUUUGCUCCCUAUGCCUGUGGCUCGGGGAUACCUGAGAUAAAAACUAUUUUGAGUGGCUUCAUCAUCAGAGGUUACUUGGGGAAGUGGACUUUGAUGAUAAAAACAAUUACUUUAGUUUUGGCUGUCGCAUCAGGUUUGAGUUUAGGAAAAGAGGGUCCCUUGGUACAUGUUGCCUGCUGCUGUGGGAAUAUUUUUUCCUACCUCUUUCCAAAGUACAGCACAAAUGAAGCUAAAAAAAGAGAGGUGUUGUCAGCUGCUUCAGCAGCAGGAGUAUCUGUAGCCUUUGGUGCCCCAAUUGGUGGAGUCCUUUUCAGUCUGGAGGAGGUCAGUUACUAUUUCCCAUUGAAAACUUUAUGGAGAUCAUUUUUUGCUGCUUUAGUAGCUGCAUUUGUCUUAAGGUCCAUCAAUCCUUUUGGUAAUAGCCGCCUAGUUCUUUUUUAUGUGGAAUAUCACACUCCUUGGUACCUUUUUGAACUGCUUCCUUUUAUUCUUCUGGGAGUAUUUGGUGGGCUCUGGGGAGCGUUUUUCAUCCGAGCAAAUAUUGCAUGGUGUCGUCGGCGCAAAUCUACAAGAUUUGGGAAGUAUCCUGUCCUGGAGGUUAUUAUCGUUGCAGCAAUAACAGCUGUCAUUGCAUUUCCUAAUCCAUAUACAAGGCUAAACACCAGUGAGCUUAUUAAAGAGCUCUUCACAGACUGUGGGCCAUUAGAAUCCUCCUCCCUCUGUGACUACAGAAAUGAUAUGAACGCGAGCAAAAUAGUAGAUGAUAUUCCUGACCGUCCAGCAGGCACUGGAGUCUAUUCAGCUAUAUGGCAGUUGUGUUUAGCACUCAUAUUUAAAAUAAUCAUGACAGUCUUCACCUUUGGUAUCAAGGUUCCAUCUGGGUUGUUCAUACCUAGCAUGGCAAUUGGAGCGAUAGCGGGAAGGAUUGUCGGAAUUGCAGUGGAGCAGCUGGCUUACUACCACCAUGACUGGUUCAUUUUCAAGGAGUGGUGUGAAGUCGGCGCUGACUGUAUCACACCUGGUCUUUACGCCAUGGUUGGCGCUGCUGCAUGCUUAGGUGGUGUGACAAGGAUGACUGUGUCCCUCGUAGUUAUUGUCUUUGAACUAACAGGAGGGCUGGAAUAUAUUGUGCCCCUAAUGGCUGCAGUCAUGACCAGUAAGUGGGUAGGAGAUGCCUUUGGUAGGGAAGGCAUAUAUGAGGCACACAUCCGACUGAAUGGAUAUCCUUUCUUGGAUGCAAAGGAAGAAUUCACUCACACAACACUGGCUGCUGAUGUUAUGCGACCUCGGAGAAGCGACCCACCUUUAGCAGUUCUGACGCAGGAUAAUAUGACAGUCGAAGACAUAGAAAACUUGAUCAACGAAACCAGCUAUAAUGGUUUUCCUGUUAUUAUGUCAAAAGAAUCACAGAGACUAGUGGGCUUUGCUCUAAGAAGAGAUUUAACUAUUGCAAUAGAAAGUGCUAGAAAGAAGCAGGAAGGGAUUGUUGGCAGCUCCAGGGUCUGUUUUGCCCAGCAUACCCCAUCGCUUCCAGCAGAAAGCCCUCGGCCUUUGAAGCUUAGGAGCAUACUGGAUAUGAGCCCUUUCACCGUGACAGACCACACCCCAAUGGAAAUAGUGGUGGAUAUUUUCCGGAAGCUGGGUCUGAGGCAGUGCCUUGUAACACACAACGGGCGCCUCCUUGGCAUUAUAACAAAAAAAGAUAUCCUCCGUCAUAUGGCCCAGACGGCAAACCAAGACCCCGCCUCAAUAAUGUUCAACUGAAACCCAUAGCUGAGGAGAGAGAGGAAACGGAAGAGGAGGUUCAUUUGUUGAAUAGCACAACACUUUAGUCUGGGGGAUGCUUCUAAGAUCAGAGACGAGAGCUGGGUUUUUGUGUGACAGUGCUGCUGGAAAUCAGGAGUUGGUGUGGGGGAAUAUGUGUCGAGAAGGAGGAAGGCUGAUGGGAGCGUGGGAAGGGAGAGCUGCUGUCCUGCACUGGAUGCGUCCCGAGACGUCAGGUCUGCCAUGAUAGUGCAGAGGGCAAGCCGUGCGAGGUGGCGCAAUUCUCCAGCCCCAGCCUGGUACUUCAGCAUUGAAGAGAUGUGUUCUUAGUCCCUGUUUCUGGAGGGAUCGUUCCGAAUCGAGCCAUCUUACGGAGACUGAAAGGUCUUGCCCUUUUCACCAUUGAAACUGUUGUGUUAACUCAUGAAACGUAUUAAUUAUUACACGUCACCUUUCUACAUUCCAGAAGAGCUUUAUUUCUCUCUCUCCUGAGCCGUAACAAAGCCUCUUUAAAAUUGGUGUGCCCUUUCGAAGCAGUUGUUUCUCAUAUUGAGAUGUACUGUGAGUUACUGAGGUUUGAUCACAAGAAGGGAGGUUUUUCUUGUGCCAUUAAUCGUGUAAGUUUGUACAUCCUGAAACGCUUGGGGCGGUACAGAUGCACUGCGACAAAACCAGACUGAACAGGUAACACC